AUGAUCGCUUUCAUUAGUCAAAAUCCAAAUGUCGCGUUUGGUGCUCAUGAACAUCUUACUCACCAUACUUUUCCUCACCACCUGAAUGCUUCAACUCAAUCAUCAACUCCUCAAACGCCUAAACGAAAUUUAGAUUCAAGUGAUCAUGAUGGUACACAGAUAUCAAAACAACAACGGGUGUUACCGAACGGUAAACAAAAAAAGACUCGUGAAAUGAAUUUAUGGAAGGUUCCAAGCCCUGUACACCCAAUGAAUAAUAAUCUUCAAUUGAACCAAACUCGACAAAAAGUAUCAGUACAACAACAACAUCGAAUCCCUUUUGAACAGUUAAAGCGUGCUGUUUCAAGCAAUCUCCCAUGCUUUUUCAUUGAAUACUAA